CUGUGGUUUUCCUCCCAGGGAAGAACUGAAAACACUGAAUUACUCAGUCUGGUGUACACAUGCUGCUGACUGCACAGAGGAGAGAAUAGUUCUCAUUUUAACAAACCCAAUAUCCCACAGAAAGAUCUGGAAUGAAGAGUUCUUCUCGCUCUCUGAGUGCAGUAACCAAACAAGGCAGCCAUGGCACAGAUCGAGCUAGAGCCAUGCCCACCACCUCCAGCUUUGGCAUGAAGGCUUCAAGAUCUACCAAUUCUCUUGCCUUUGAGUCUCGACUCAGCAAGCUGAAAAGAGCUAGCAGUGAUGAUAUGCUCACAAAGCCAAGUGGAAGCAUCCCCACAGCCAGGCUGAAGAAGACCAUUACUACAGGAGCCAUUUCAGAGCUUUCAGAACCCAGGCUAAGGGGCACUGCCGGAGGAAGUUCCGCAGCAAGACGCACAGGAAUACCUGCACCUCGAGACCUGCCUACGCCAAUAUCGAGAGAGAGGGCUGCUUUGCGUCCUCCCUCCCAGACUAAAAAAGUGCUAGUAAGCCCUUCCCAGCCCAAUGCUCAGAUCCCUUCAAAGAAUAUUCGAGCCCCUACCAGGCCUAAACAAGAAAAUGAACCCACAAACAAGACUGUCUUGGAGUCACAGGUCAAGGAGCUACUGGCUGAAGCAAAAACUAAAGAUUUUGAAAUCAGCAAGCUCCGUAGUGAACUACAGAAAUGUAAAGACAAGGAUUCUCCUAGUCCAGAGGUCCUCAAUGCACUAGACUCUUCAGCUGAAAUCCACCCUAUGCAAAGUAGUAACUCUGAGGCAUUCAUAAGGACACUUCAAGAGAAAAACACAAAGUUCCAACAUGAGCUCUCCUUGCUCAGGAAAGAAAAUGAAGAAUUAAAGCAGAAAUUGUUUUCUUUAGAACAUUCUCCUAUUUCAGAUACCAUAACCAGCAACGGUACAGAUAGCAGCCUUUUGUCGCCAUUGACUCAUGGAGCAAGUAUUGGGAGCAAGUUAAAGAGCCCUAGAGCAGGGGAAUCUGAAGAUUGUAGGUUUCCAGGAAGUGAAAAUGUUUUGCAUAUAUCUGGGUCCUCAAGUAGUGAUGUCACUAAAGCAUCUCUUUCUCCUGAUGCAUCUGAUUUUGAGCACAUUGUCGAUGUGCCCUCUAGACCAGCUUCCUCAGGAAGCAUACCUUGUCAGGGCUCAAAAUGUUCUACAAGUGGUAGUUCCCCAAAUAAUAUCAGUGACCUUUCUGUAGCCUCUCUGACUGAAAGGAUACACAAGAUGGAAGAAAACCACCACAGCACAGCAGAAGAGCUCCAGGCAACUUUACAAGAACUAUCUGACCAGAAUGUUAUUGUACAGGAGCUGGCGGUGGAAAGUGAGAAGUUAGUUGAGGAGAAAGCUUUUCUGGAGAGUUCCUUGCAACAGCAAAAACAAAGAGUGGAACAGCUUUGCCAAGAGAAUGAGAAAUUGAUGGGAAUCUUGCAAGAGAGAACCAAGAAGGAAGAAUCAGAGGUUCACAGCAAGCUCUCUGAGGUGGAGAAAAAAUAUGCUGAACUUGUUGAAAAUUCACAAUUUGAAAGAGAGAAGCUGCUGAACAUUCAACAGCAAUUGACCAGCAGCUUAAGAAGUUUAGAGAAAGAACAUAAUGAGACACAGGUGAUGAUCAAAAGGCUUCGAGAGGACACUGACAAAUUACAAAGUUUACUUGACACCGAAAAAAAAGAUAAAAGCAUCACGGCUAAGGCUCUAGAGGAACAGAACGUUGUCAUCGAAGGUUUAAAAAUCGAGAACAGCUGUUUGAAAUCUCAGCUAGAUGGGGAGAGGCAAAUGGUUGUGGAAAUCACUGCAAUGGGAAACAAUACUGGAAGCUCUGAGGUCCAGGAUAUGCUGAAAUCUGCCCACUCGGAAAAAGAACAUCUAGAAUUAACGUGUUCAGAACUUCGACAAGAGCUGCUCAGGGCCAACAGCGAAGUUAAGCAGUUGCAGUGUCUUCUAGCUAAGGUGGAGACAGAGUGCCAUGAGCUGAAACAGCUGGGGGACCAACGAGAGGAAGACCUGAAAUUGGAAAACUUGAAACUCACGAAAAAGGAGGGUGAGAUUAAGGACAUGAAAGACACAAUUUAUGAGCUGGAGGACCAGGUGGAGCAACACCGGGCUGUCAAUCUACAUAACAACCAAAUGAUCAGUGAUCUGGAAAACAAAGUUUCCAAGUUGGAAGAACAAAAACAAGAUAUGGAAAGGCAGCAGAAACUCCUCACCAAGCAGAUGAAGGACGAUGCUGAGGAGUGGAAGCGUUUUCAGGCAGACUUGCAAACAGCGGUGGUGGUGGCCAAUGAUAUAAAGUGUGAAGCCCAGCAGGAGCUACGGAGUGUGAGACGGAGGCUGCAGGAUGAGGAGGAGAAGAGCUCCCGCCUGCACAGAGAGCUGGAGGAGAUGCAAGGCAGCAGGCAAUCACUUUGUAAAGAGGGCACUGACGAUGUAGACAGCGGAACACAGUGGCAAAGUAUUGACCACCCGCAAGCACCAACCUCUUCCACUGAACCUCCUGCUAAAGUCAAGUCUCUAAUCAAAUCAUUUGAUGUGGGUCAAGGUGUUGGUCAGAAUAUGCCAGUACAUUCUGUUGCACGUAGUCCAUUAAGUGGAAUUCCAGUAAGAACUGCUCCAGCUGCAGCAGUAUCUCCGAUUCAGAGGCUUUCGGUUUCCAGCCAUACGAAACUUCAAGGCAAAGACACGGAGCGGCAGUUAGACUUUCCAGUAAAAUUGAAAGACCAUGGAGAAGACUUCACUCCAGAAAGAUAUCCUGUUAAGAGUCCCUCUCUGGAGUCUCUUAACACGCAUUCCCCUAUCAGUUUUGGAACUAGAAAUACAUCCCUUUCUCUAGACACCUGGGUUCCACACAGUAAAAUCAGUGUGGAAAGGAAGGAUCCGCUAGCUGCCUUAGCCAGAGAAUAUGGAGGAUCCAAGAGAAAUGCUCUGCUGAAAUGGUGUCAGAAGAAGACAGAAGGCUAUACGAAUAUUGAUAUUACCAACUUUAGCAGCAGCUGGAGCGAUGGUUUGGCGUUCUGUGCUCUCCUCCACACAUACCUACCAGCUCAUAUCCCAUACCAUGAGCUUAACAGCCAAGAUAAGAAGAGAAAUUUAAUGCUGGCAUUUCAGGCAGCUGAAAGUAUAGGAAUCAAACCCAGCCUGGAGCUGAACGAGUUAAUGUUCACAGACCGCCCGGACUGGCAGAGCGUCAUGCAAUAUGUUGCACAUAUCUACAAGUAUUUUGAGACUUAGAAGGACGUCAGAUCAUGAUAACAACUACCAAGAAAGCACAGAUUCACUUUAAAGUUCAGGUUUUACACAUGUGCAGGAGCUAUGCACUAAAUACUUGCCAAAGUACAUGCAAAGAAAAUUUGGUGAACUCCAGUCAUUGGAGAAGCCCCCGAUUCGCCAUGGGACGAGGAAUGUCCAUCAAAUAUUACUUGCAGUAACUCAUUAUUCCUGCUAUUAACUAUUCGGACUAAUAGCUAACAGCAUGUGUUAUGCAAUUCUGGCCUUAUUGCCGCUACAUCACUGUCCAUAAUGAACUUGUUUCACAUUACAAAAUGUCGCAUGUGACGUAACACUGGCGAUUGCUGCCCUACAAAAGGAGUAAAUUAUAAUUACUCUGCCACACCAAGGACACAAAUAAAACAUUUUAGUAUGUUUUUGAAAUUCACCAAUUCCAAAACGUUUAAUUAGAAGUUUGGAGAUAUUACUAGUAAUACAACAUAUUAUAAUUAUUUUC